AUGUUCCGCAUUGCGAAGGCCAGCUAUGACAGUGACCAGAUGUGCGGCGCUUCUGGCGAUAAAUAUCCUCAGGGGGCAGCGGCUCUGGCGCGCAGGCAGGCGAGCAACGGGAUGCCCAAGAGGGCCCACACGCACCUGGACGAGCACAUGGUGCUCGUGUCGGAAGAAGGCGGGCCGAGGUACUGCUCGCAACCGGAGCUGUGCCGGAUGUUCGUUCGCCGCAUCGGCGACUGCUACUCGAGGCGGGAGUUCUACAAUCAGCUUUAUGAAGAUGCAUUGUUGUCCGAUGGCCGCGUCGAGCGCGUCAUGGAUGCUACUUUCCAGCGGUCAGAGCUGGAGUGCGAGAAUAACAGCGAGUUCCAGUGGGUGCCCACCGACGGCACUUCUAAGCCGGCAUGUACUCUGGUCGGGCAAGCUUCCUACAGGGCGACGCGGUGCGUUCGAGAAGAUCAGGCCGUUCCCGUUGAUGAUCAACUUCAUGUAGUUUUCACGAUGCGGGGCUGGACGGGCGCCGUGCUUUUGGCGAUGCCUAUUCAGACUGAGAAGACCGAGAACGCACGCUGUGCUCUUUCAUUGGCAUUCCCGGCAUCGAAGCUGGCACAAGUCCAGUACCUCGUCACGGACGAUCCGUCGGCGAAGCUGCUCGAUGGGCUUCGAGAGGUCUGUGGCAACCUCAAGACAAUCGCCCUGGACUGUUGCCAUCUGGCCACG